AAUACAGAGGCAUUAUCUUCAUUUCCAGUUUCAUCGGCAAUUUGCAGAAUGCGGAGGUGAAAACGGACGGACUCACCGAUCGAGGUACCAAUCCUUGACGGUAUACACUGGUAAUAUACCAGUUAGUAUUAUUUUGUAUGACCUGAAAGCUAUUCCUGGUCAAAAAUCACGCAUGCAUUCGAACAGAGGAUUAUCGCGGAGGAAUUGCCUUGAAACCAUGAACUGCAGUUGGGGGACGGAGCUGUGGGAUCAGUUUGAUAAUCUAGAGAAGCACACUCAAUGGGGCAUUGAGUUUUUAGAGCGCUACACCAAGUUUGUGAAGGAGCGGUCGGAGAUUGAAUUGAGCUAUGCCAAGCAGAUCAGGAAUCUGUCUAAGAAGUAUCAGCUUAAGAAGAACUCUAAAGAAGAGGAGGAAUACAAGUACACUUCAUGUAGAGCCUUUCUGAUGACCUUAAAUGAGCUGAACGACUAUGCAGGUCAACACGAGGUCAUUGCAGAAAACCUGUCGUCUCAGAUCAUCACCGAGCUGACCCGCUACACUCAAGAACUAAAGGCAGAACGCAAAUCGCACUUCCAUGAUGGCCGGCGAGCGCAACAGCACAUCGAAAAUUCAUGGAAGCAGCUGGAGUCGAGUAAGAGAAGAUUUGAGCGGGACUGUAAGGAAGCAGAUCGCGCCCAGCAUUACUUUGACAAGAUGGACGCAGACAUUAACGUGACAAAGGCAGAUGUGGAGAAGCGGUGUUCUCUCAAGGCAAAACAGCAAGCCCAGAUUAGACAUCAAAUAGCUGAAGACAGUAAAAAUGAGUACCUGACCUACCUGCAGAAGUUCAACAAGGACCAACAUGAGCAUUACUACACUCUCAUACCACAUAUCUUUCAGAGGAUACAGGAGAUGGAAGAGAGGCGAGUGGGGAGAGUCAGGGAGAGUAUGCGGGUGUACACUGAGGUCGAAAGGAAAGUGCUGCCCAUCGUCAGCAAGUGUUUGGACGGCAUGACCAAGGCAGCUGAAUCCAUCGAGGCUAAAAUGGACAGUAAGCAAGUUGUGGAAUCAUAUAAGUCAGGCUUUGAGCCACCGGGCGAUGUGGAGUUCGAGGACUAUAGUGUGUCGAUGAAGAGGGCGGUGUCAGAAUCAAGCUUCUUAAAUGCCCGUGGGGAGAGCAGACGCCGAAGCCGGAGCAAGCUGUGGCCUUUACUCAAGAAAAAUAAGCUUAUGUCUUUGUUAGCCUCACCCCGCCAGCCCCCUCCCCCUCCCCCCACCUCCCCAUCCCCAGACGGCCUACCCAACGGCCCCCAGUCCCCGCAGCAGCCCAAGGAGCCCCUGAGCCAGCGGCUCAACGACUUCAUGAGCACCAAACACAAAAUGCACUGCCUGCGGAGCCUCAAACGUGGGCUUUCUCUAAAGCUGGGAACGGGUCAAGAGGACUACAGUCAUCUUCCCCCAGAACAGCGGAGGAAGAAACUACAGGCCAAACUCAAUGACAUCAACAAGGACAUCCAGAAAGAGAUGGAUCAGAGGGACGCUCUGACUAAAAUGAAAGAUGUUUACAUCAAGAAUCCUCAUUUGGGAGAUCCAGACAGUAUAGAUCCACGGUUAGAAGAGAUCACUCAAAGUUUGGAAAAACUGCAGUUUGAGGCGCAGAAAUUUGAGGGCUGGCUGACGGACGUGGAGAGAAAGUUACUUGAAAAAGGCUCAGAGUCUCAGAGGAGACAGAGCAGUCAUUUUGACUCGCAGGGCAACACACCUCUUACAAACAACUACGGUCAAAACCGAGAGAGUCCGGAUGGCAGCUACACGGAAGACCCCAGCACAGAGACCAUGCAGUUAAAAUCUCGCAGUACUGAGUUUGAUGAUGAAUUUGAUGAUGAGGAACCGCUGCCCACCAUUGGAACAUGCAAAGCACUUUAUCCGUUUGAAGGCCACAAUGAGGGCACUAUAUCUAUGGCCGAGGGGGAGAUGCUGUAUGUGAUCGAGGAAGAUAAAGGUGACGGCUGGACCCGUGUGCGGAGAAAUGAGGACGAAGAGGGAUACGUGCCCACAUCCUACAUCAAACUCUUUUUGGAUAUGAAUGCCAAAGAUCCCUAAAAGUGUAUGGCUGGCACAGGAGUGGCAGGGCAAGCGUCCUUGUGCGAAACAUCGUCCUAUUGUAACAGUAUUGAGAGAGAUGGCAUAUGGGGGACUAACUGAAAGGAAAAUCCAUUUUAAACGCAAACCACUUUCAUUGAAUCCUCUCCUUUGCCAUACGAAUGGGAAAAAAACCUGUUCAUGACUAGCUAACUAUUUGCAAAUGCUUGCUUCUCGUAUGGACCUAGAAUAUUUAGUGCCGUAGCUGCUUGCUGUCAGACCGGAGCCCUUAGGUUUGUGUGCAGUGGCACGGAGUAAGUGCCGUAUACAUGUCUUGUUAUUGCCUGGCUUGCUUCUGAGCCAAGAGGAGUUUUGUCAUAAAGACAUUAGAUUUAAUUUAUAUUUGUCAGUGCAGACUAUUCAGUUAUGUGAAAUUCUCAAACUAUAAAACUGUGGGGGAUAAUAGGGGGACUCAUUUUAUACAUUAUAGGAUUGUUUUAAGUUAUCACAGUGCUUGCAAAGCAGCACUGUAUAUCCCGCCUAUUUUCUAUUUUUCUUUAUUUUUCCUUAUACUUCUUCUUCAUACUUCAUUUUCAUCUUCCUCAUACUUCCUCUUCUUCUUUCUCAUACUUAAUUUUUCUCUCAUACUUCCUCAUCUUCUAAGUAUUUCAUCUUCUUAUUUCUCAUACUUCCUCUUCUUUCUAGUAUUUUCUCUUCUUCUUUCUCAUACUUUCUCUUCUUUGUCAAACGUCCUCUUCUUCUUCCUCAUACUUCCUCUUCUUUUUCCUCGUAUUCCCUCUUAUUUCAUCCUCAUCCUCAUACUUCCUCUUCUUCUUCCUCAUACUUCCUACUCUUCCUCAUAUUCCCUCUUUUUUCAUCCUCCUACUUCCUAUUCUUCUUCCAUAUAAUUCCUCUUCUUUUUCAUAUUCCUUUUUUCUUCCUCAUACUUCCUGUUCUUCUUCCUCAUACUCCUUCUUUCUCAUACAUUAUUCUUCCCUCAUACUUCCUCUUCUUCUUAGUAUUUCCUCUUCUUCUCUCUCAUACUUCCUCUUCUUUUUCCUCAUAUUCCCUCUUAUUUCAUUCUCAUACGUCCUCUUCUUCCUCAUACUUCCUCUUCUUCCUCGUAUUCCCUCUUUUUUCAUCCUCAUACUUCCGUUUCCUUAUACUUUCUCUUCUUCUUUCUCGUAUUCCUUUUUUUCUUCUCAUACUUCCUCUUCUUCUUCCUCAUAUUCCCUCUUUUUUCUUCCUCAUACUGCCUCUUCUUCUUCCUCAUAGUUAUUCUUCCUCAUAUUCUCUCUUCUUCCUCAUACUUCCUCUUCUUCUACAUACUUCCUCUUCUUUUUUGUCAUUCUUCCUCAUAUUCCCUCUUUUUCUCCCUCAUACUUCCUAUUCUUCUUCCACAUACCAUACUAAUACUUCUUCCACAUACUUCCUCUUCUUCCUCAUAUUCCCUCUUCUUCUUUCACAUACUUUCUAUUCUUUCUAAUACUUCCUCUUCUUACUUAUACUCAUCUUCUUUUUUAUAUUUCUUCUUCCUUAUACUUCCUCUUCUUUCUCAUACUUCCUCUUCUUCCUCAUAUUCCCUCUUCUUUUUCCUCAUACUCCCUCUUCCUCUUUCUUAUAUUUCUUAUUCUUUCUCAUAUUUUCUAUUCCUCCUCAUACAGGGUUCCCGCAGAUCCUUAAAAAGUCUUAAAAUGUCUUAAAUUCAGUUUUCCAAAAUUUAAGGUCAUAGAAAGUCUUAAAUAUUUUAAAAGAUACAACAAAAGUCUUAAUUAUCAUUUGAGUUCUUAAAUUUGGGGGCGGAAAGAGAGGAAUCGUGAUAUGACCUAAUGUGAUUAUUAAACUUCAAAAGAUUAUGAUCUGAUUAAAUAAAUGCAUGUACUGCAUACUUCAGAGUGAAAACAUGGUACUGUUGUAUUUUCUCCAAGCACGUGGGGGCUUGUGAGUGUUUCCAGCUGUGGCGGAGCUGUUCAUAAUCAUAAGGACAUAUCGGAAAUUUAUGACAAGUGACCACUAAUGAUCAACUGUUGAUGAUGAUGAUAUAGUGUUGAUGAAAUAUGACAAUGUUUACUGUUAAUUGUUUAUAUUGUAAUAUGUUGUAGAUUAUUGUGUGCACAUUUUAUAUCCCUUAUUUGUUUGAACGAGCAGCUGGAAGCAGUGAAGCACAAACAUUUCAUAAUAAGAGUUCCUGGUUUGUUUCAGCCUUUAGAGUUAAAAGUUCCCUGCUAUGAAUUAGAUCUCUUUUUUUCUUUUCCUCUGGUAAUUGCUAUUUUGGUUGCACCAUAAACUGCAUCUGGAAUUUAAUUCAAUAUGGACUCUUGUAGCCUCUGUCUGACCCUCCCCAUCACAGGAAGGAAAGGCUAAGAACAUUUAAUAUAAACUACCCAUUUUAAAAACGAAUUGCCUUUCUUUCAAAACAUCGUAUCAGCAAAAUCCAAUAUCGGUCGACCUCUGAUUUGUAUUUAUUUUUUAUAAUGGUACAUAAACCAAUUUUAAUGUGAUAUAUAUGUGGAAAACAUGUCUUGACUCUUGAGUAUUUUAAACUUGCAUAUAUCCUACCCUGUUUUACUGAUAAGCAAUGUUAAGGCCAUGUUGAAUGUGUGCCCCUGCCUGUUUAAGUAAUAGUCUGUGAUACAUGAUUUAUUUUGAGAUUGUGUUAGUUUGUUUUAAUUUGGGGAUAUAGUAUUAAUUGUAUUUGUUCAGGUCUUGAAAAAGGUCUUAAAAAGUCAUAAAUUUAAUUUUAGAAACUCUGCAGCAACCCUGUCAUACUUCCUCUUCCUCAUAUUCCCUUUUCCUCUGUCUCAUCCUUUUCUUCUUGCUUAUACUCCCUCUACUUUUUCAUAUCGAUUCUUCUUUCUUAGUUUCUCUUCUUCCUCUUGCUUCUUCCUCGAAUUUUCUUUUAAUUUCUUAGACUUCCUCUUAUUUUUUUGUACAUUCUCUUAUCCCUCAUACUCCUUUCUCAUACUUCUUACUCAGACUUCCUCUUCUGCAAUUAAUUCAGCUCAAACCACUUAAUGUACAAACACAGCCUUAGGUAUGCUAUCUAUUUUUGUUCUUUAUAAAACUUUUAAUUUUUUGGAAAUGUAGAAUUACAUUUGUAAAGACUUCAUGAAAUGGUUUGACUAGCACAGUUUCUGUGUGUGUGUGUGUGUGUGUGUGUGUGUGUGUGAGUAAGUGUGAGUUGGUUUUUGUGGUUUACAUGAACAUUUCUUUAGGUUACACACUUGUAAUUAUGAGGAUAUUAUGCUAUAAAUGUGGUUUAUGAGGAUACCCCUAGUGUCCCUGUUAUUCAAACGGCUUAAAAAACAUACUAAACAAUGUUUUUUUUGAAAAUGUAAAAAUGCCGGGUUAGGUUUAGGGGUAGGGUAGGGUUAGGGGAUAGUAUAUAUAGUUUGUACAGUAUAAAAAUCAUUAUGUUUAUGGAGAGUCUUCAUAAUGUUAAGAGUACCAACAUGUGUGUGUGUGUGUGUGUGUGUACAUGUUUAUACUACAUUGUGGGGACCAAAUGUCCCAACAAGGAUAGUAAAACCUGAUUUCACCUACCUUGUGGGGCCCAGCCAGCAGUCCCCAUGAGGAUAAUUGCUUAUUAAACAUAAUAAACGAUGUUUUUUUGAAAAUGUAAAAAUGCAAAAAGGUUUCUGCAAGGGUUAGGUUUAGGAUUAGGGGAUAGAAAUGAUCCUUAGAUCUGUAUAAAAUGCAUGGAAGUCUAUGGAGAGUCCCCACAAUGAUAUAAAAACAAGUUUGUGUGUGUGUGUGUGUGUGUGUGUGUGUGUGUGUUUGUGUUAUUAUAUUUUCUUUUGAAACAGGAAGUCAGAGUGGGGUAUUUGUUCUACGUUUUAAUUCUAAUUUUUUUUUCUAUUUUGCAUUUACAUCACAGCCUUUUUUUUUUUUUUUUUUUUUUUGCUGCCUUGCAAGCACUGGUAUUUCCUUAAGGAAAUGCAAAUCAAGUUGUGAUUAUUAAUAUUAUUAUGAAUGUAAAAUGUUCCCCUACAUUUUGUGUGAGUGAUAUGUGAGAUGAUGGUUUAGAAUAGUUUUCUAUGGCAUCUUCUUCCCAGAGAGGAAAGAACUGUCACCUCAAUCACUUACUCAUUCACACUUUCUUCCUGCGAUGUGUGCACACACACGCCACAGCUGCUCCCUCUCUCUUGCUCACUCUUUCUCACCUUCCCUUCUAUUUUCUCUCACUAUCUCUGUCUCAAACACUAUCUUUUCCUACCUGCUUCUCUCUCUCUAUGUUGUUCUUGCUUUUCUCAGACAUAAUUUUUCUAUUUCUUCUGUCAUUCCUGUUUAUUCAUCUCUAUCCCUCUUCUUUUCACUCUCUCUUUCUUUCACCUCGGUAGGUGGUUAUACUGACCAUCUCUGAUUGAUUUCUGACCCUGUUUACACCUAGUAUUAACAUCCGCUUUGGGGCGAUCUGAUCUAAAGUGGACAGCACAUGUUCCGAUCACUUAAACCACAUUCGGAGGCAGUUUGGAACACGUGUGACCGCAUUGUAUUUGUAGUGUAAACGUUAAUCAGUCCGAAUGCUCUUGGACAACAUCAACCUGUCAGUCAUCAGUUGAGCUAAAACAAGGGUUUUAGACUUUGCCGGUUAUGUUUGGUAAACUAGAAAAUAGCCUUCCAAUUGAAACAAUUGGAAAACCCCAUACAUAUACAUGAACAGGUCUUCAUGGAACACCUCUGGUUUGCCUCACAUUAACAUGCAGUGACACAGAUCAUGUCAAAUGAUCACGUGAAAUACUUCACACCCAAAAUUUAGAAGCAAUAAUGUUCUAAUUGUUUGUGUUUUUUCUUUACACAUUAUCAACAUGCAUUAACACACUGGCAAAGUGUGGGAUGUCUGUUGUCAUGAAAUCAGAGACCCUUCCAUCGAAAUUCGAUCACAAGUAGUCACAGGAGACACAUUACUUCCAGGUUUAAACGGCGAUGUGGCUCGUCUGAGCGGAUCUGAUCUAAUCGAAUUUUAAUAUCAUGUGUAAACAGGGCCUCUCUCUCUCUCUCUGGCUCUCUCAGCUCAGUGGAUGUGGCUGUGUAUGGUGUAGCUGUAGUGGUGCAGUCCAGUAGAUGUUGAUGGUGGUCUUCAGCUGGUGCCGUGUUUCGACGCAUGCAUGCUUGCCCUGUCUCUUUGUGUGUGUGCCAGUCUUAGGGGGUUCGAUUCUCCAUAAAGUUCAAGCCUUUGACUUCUGACGGUUGAACUUAUGCUUCUUAAAUUGUGUUUGUGCCUGUUUAUUUCUUCCUACACUUUAUCUUCUUGGGUGUUUUAUUUGUUUUGGAAAAUAUAUGCAUGGUAACUUGUCUACACACCCCUCUAAGUUAUUGUUUUCAAAUGUUUACACCGUUUCAGAUUCUUUUGAGUCUCUCUGAAUGAUUGAUAUCAUUCCGAUUUUAUUUUUGGUGUUAAACAACAAGUAUUUACCUCAUUCACAAUAGAUUUGGGCUGCUCUUCUGUAAUAGGUUCUGAAAGUAACAAAUAUUGUCAUAUUCAUUCACAAAGAAACUUCUGCAGAGCUGAAAUGUCUGGUUUUCUGUAUAGUGUGCUUUGAAUUUGCUGGAUUCUCUUCCUUCAAAGACCUCAUAAACAUAAAACUGCCAAAAUCAAGUGUGAAAAGCUUGUGACUUUUUUGCAAAUGGUAACAAGUAUACAACCCCAAUUCCAAAAAAGUUGGGACAGUAUGAAAAAUGCUAAUAAAAACAA